CGAUCUGGAUUUUGAUAGUCUUUAUUUUUCAAAAAAAAAGUGGAGCUCAUUUGGCGACAUUGCCGGUCGUUCUGAGGUUGCUCUGCGCCCGGCAGCUUUAAGCAGCGGAAAAAUAAAAUAAACGUCAAGGCUGCAGGCGGAAGUUGUGAGCAAUCACCUGAUAGAGAGGGAGAGAGAGAGAGAGAGAGAUCAAGUGAUUCGGCUGCCACAUGCAACAUGGCUUCCUGGUGGGUUUGGCCAGUGAUCUGGAUGUACUUGUUGGCUGUGCUGCCCGGAGUGCAGGCUUUGGAUGGAGGGGAUGCGGUAGCACUGUUGCUGGGGCUGGCUCUCAGUGUCAUCGGGAUCUGUGCGUGUCUGGGCUGGUACUCACGGAGGAGAAACGCGCAACUCUGAAACCACGGCAGGAGGAGAGAAGCCAGAGUCUUUCCAAAGCACCAACGAGCGAAGGGGCUCCCUGGUCGCGACGGCCUUAUUAUCCUCAAGAGAUGCAUGACCCUCCGGAGAAAGAGAGAGGGAGGUCGCGCCGGAUCACACAAGACACCCGUCCUCUUGGGUUUUACAGACUCUUUUGAUUGCACCAGCGCCGUGAGAAGUUGCCCGUUUGAUGGCUCCUGUUCGUGCUCAGUCCCUCUCUCUCUCACACACACACACACACAGACACCUUGUGUCUUCCCCAGGACCACCACUUUGGCCAGUGAGGAACAUCCAACUCCAUCCUCCUCAGCGUGCGUGGGAAAGCUGCUCGAACCAAGUUUUACAACCCUCGGGGCGUUGCUUCAAAGCUUCAGUGAGAUUUUAUUUUAAUGUGUGUUUUAUUUCCCCCCCCCCCCCAAAAAAAAAUACGACAAACGAAUCCCACGCCGAUUUUUGGAGCGCCAAACCCAAAAUGAAACACGGAAGUUGAAGUUAACGUGCUCGCUUGCUCCUGGUCCGCACUCUGAUCCAAACGCUGUCAUUGUUUCUGAGUAAUUGUGACACUCCUUUCCCCUCCGUCCGUGGUUGCACCAAAACGUUAAAGUAAUUUAUUUCAAGCGGUGGAGUAUUUUUAGGUUUUGGUUUAAAUUUUCCACGCGGCUGCUCCCGAAUUCGGCCUCGCCUGAUCAUUGCCACCUAGCGUCGUUUAUUUUUUUUUAAAAAGAGAUGUUCGUCAUAAAUACAGUUCCUUGCUUUGUGUUCCCAAAACAUUCACCCCACACCAUCCUCUGGACUUCUCACCGGCUACUGUAAAGAAGACAUUUAUUGAUCCAGCAAACUAAUACGGUGACUGGAAAACGUUAAUGUGUGAUUUGUAUCAAUUUGAAUUUUCAUAAAGACAUCAUAAUAAAUCACGAUGUCUUUUGAUUUGCGUAAAAUGAACUUAAAAAGUUGUAAUUUAUUUAUUAACUGUUAUAACAUAGUAGUUUUAGUCUAGCCUCUAAUUGCAAGUUAAAGACGAACACUAUUUUAUAGCAUCUUUCUACAGUUGGGUUCCUCCUGAACAUUAUAAUUGCCAAAAAGAAAAUCACAACCUUUUGUACAUUUUGGGAUCAUUCUCAAUUUUGUUUAUCUUGUCUCCAUUACGAGUUGUAGUUUGUUCACUUGCUUAGACGAAAUUAGCGGUGUUUGGUUUAGCUCAGUUGAUUGGACGGUUGGUUUGCAAAACAGUGUGAUGCCAACAGUGUGGACCCAAUUCCCACACUUGCUAAGGUUACUGUGUCUCAACCUCUGUCCUCACCUGAGGUAUGGUGGCCCUCUGGUUAAAUCACCAUGAGUGAUCUCUCCCUCAUGCAUGAGAGAGCAGGCCAAUGGUCUGGCAAGUCUAUGGUGACACAAAUCAAAAAAAGAUGAAAUGGUGAUGAACCAGUCUGUGGAAUACAAGACUCUUCCCCUGUGUAAAAUAAAUGUAACAGAAGCCCUAAAGCUGUGCUUAAGACCCCAGUUUGAACAGAAGGUGAACUCCUAUUUAAGUAACUUAUUGAAACUCAAAAAUCCGGCAGGUAGUGACAACAAAACACUUUUUUCACUGUAUCUUCAAUAUAUAUGUAACAGUUUUUAAAGUUCAUCGUUUAACUAACUGAAAAAUUCACUGAACAUCCCUCAUUCUGCAUAUUGAUUCCAGAAAGGCUGAUAAUUGAAUUUGAGCUAACUAAAUUGGCUGAGAAUUAUUUGGGUGUGCUUAAGUCUGAGCUACAAACAACUGAGCAAUGGCUAAACCAUUCACUGUGAAGGCUGCUAACUUUGAAAUUUAACAAUCCUCUUCCUGUCAUCACAUGGCCUUUUAUAAAUGUUAAUAUGUAUCAUGCAGCAGAUGUUAGCAGUUAGUGGCCUUUGAAAUUGCCAUGAUACAACAAUGUAGUUAAAUGACAAAUUUGAGAGGGUGGGGGUGGAACAUGCCUUAAACCCUGGAUGUUUGGAGAUUUUAUAUGUUUUCAUGCCUAUUUAUUUGGAUGAUACAAACAUUGUAGCAGUUUGUUGAAUUCACUUAUGAUUGUUUGUUUCUAGCCCCACCACUUUCUUAAAUGACAUUUAUUUUGUGUUGUGAAUUGGACAUGUUUGUUUCCAGCUUUCAGGGUUAAUUAAACUCAUGAUACAUAAGGACUCUUAAAUUGAUAAACUAGGCCUGUAAAGGUAGAGUUCCUUUGAAAAGUUUGAAAUCAAAGCCAAAUGUGAACUUUACUUAGUCUGGAAGCCAAAAAACAGGAAGUACAAUUUGUUCUGCUUUCUAUUUGAUGCUUCAGUGGCUCUUAAUUCUGAACAUGCUGCAUCAUGAAAUUCAUGCAUCCUAUGGGUUAUUUGUAGCGCACAAUGCAUUGACUUUGUGUUCAUGAUAUGCACUAGAUUUUAUGAAUUAUGUACACAGCAUAAAUUUUCAAGCAAU